AAAUUUAUUAUAGUAUCAACUGCUCUGAAAAAAGCUAAACAAAUAUCAAUUUAUACAACAAAUACUUUAAAUCUAAUAAUUAAAAAAAUGGACCAGUUCGUAUCGACAGAUUCGAUGUUCUGGAAGCGAAACCGACUGGAAACUUAUAAAUACUGGCCAUUCAAAUCCAACGCACCCUGCAAUCCUGAGAGUAUGGCAGCAGCUGGAUUUUUUGCAACUGGAGGCAAAACUGAACCGGACUCCGUCGAGUGUUUUAUGUGUAACAAACCUAUGGACGGCUGGGAGGAGACUGACAAUCCAUGGGAAGAGCACGUACGACACCAGAAAGACUGCAAGUAUAUAUUGCUGAACAAACCCGAUGAGUCGAGCUGGACCGUUGAAGAGCUUUACGAUCUUACCAAGGAGUUCUGUGUCAAAGAAGUUGAACGUACGAUGAAGAAAUACAAAAGCAGUAUGAAUAUUGAAUCUGAAGAUCUUCGAAGUCAUAUUCCGUCUGUAGUAAAAAAUAAUUUUAAAAAUAAGAAAUAUCAUAGCUAA